CUGACUUGUCUGUCCCUUUCUCUCACUCACUCUCUCACUCACUCACUCACUCACUCUCUCACUCUCUCUCGCUCUCUCGCUCUCUCUACCUACAACCUCCACCUCCCUCCACCUGCUACACUUCCCCCUUCCCCUCUCUCAAACCAAAUUCCAUCCAUCAACUACUUACCUCUCUUUUCCUUUCCUCUUCUCCACUACACAUACUUUUUUCUUUCGUUGUCGCAUAUCGCUAAAUCAACCUAUUUUCUGCUCUUCCGUUUGCUGAUCUUCACCUCUCAAUAAAGAUGGCUGAGAUUCGCCGCAAGCUUGUCAUCGUUGGUGAUGGUGCCUGUGGUAAGACUUGUCUGUUGAUUGUCUUCUCCAAGGGCACUUUCCCCGAGGUCUAUGUCCCCACUGUCUUCGAGAACUAUGUUGCCGAUGUUGAGGUCGAUGGCAAGCACGUUGAGCUUGCUCUUUGGGAUACUGCUGGUCAGGAAGAUUACGAUCGUCUUCGCCCUCUCUCAUACCCCGACUCUCACGUUAUCCUGAUUUGCUUUGCUGUCGACUCCCCUGACUCGUUGGACAACGUUCAGGAGAAGUGGAUCUCCGAGGUUCUGCACUUCUGCCAGGGUCUCCCCAUCAUUCUCGUCGGCUGCAAGAUGGAUCUCCGUCACGACCCCAAGACCAUUGAAGAACUCCACAAGACCUCUCAGAAGCCGGUUACCCCUGAGCAGGGUGAGGAGGUUCGCAAGAAGAUUGGUGCCUACAAGUACCUCGAGUGCUCUGCCCGUACCAACGAGGGCGUUCGUGAGGUCUUUGAGGCGGCUACCCGGGCUGCGCUCUUGACCAAGGCCCACAAGAGCAAGAAGAAGUGCACCAUCCUGUAAACUAGUUGUUUCCUUCGCAAAAGGUCUGUUUCGUGCGGAGAUUAUAUGAACGGAUAAGCGUCUCGAAUAUUUGGUUUCUAUCAUUUUACUCCGAA